AUGAACAUCUUGUCAUGGAGAAGGAAAAAUGCGUCUUCCAAUACGCUAAUAAAUGAACAUCCCAAAAACGUUAUGUUCAAAAAUGACGAAAAUCUAAUACAGAAUCUAGGCGAGAAUCUCGAGCAAAACCCGCGCAUCAUCGAAUUCCAGUUUGGGAAAAGCUUCAAGCUAAGGGGCCGGCUUUUGAGUAGCUUGAGCGGACUCAAUCUGAUCGGAAUUGGUCCUCCUGACAUGGUGCAUGUGACCAAGUUUGACAAGUUUCGUCAAGUGGAAACCGGGGAGUAUCAUUACUUAACCGGGCUUGAUACUUCUUCUGAAGUGAUGCCAAUUGCAUACCUGAACAUUCUGGGGCUAAAUGAUGGCUCUCAAGCGUCAUUGGCAUCGGGGUCUACGCCGUCGAAAAGUGGCCACAGGGUUACGACUUAUUGCACCGCAAACGUAUUUAGUAACGUUGACGUCAGGAUACGUUACGAAUCCCCGAAGCAUUUUCAACUGACGGUUACAGACUUUCUUUCCGGAUCCAGUAAAUCCACAAUGACACCCGAACUAUGGGAAGAGACAUUUGUGAGUGGCUUUGUGCGGGCAGUUAUCACCAAUACUGACAAAGAACGCAAGCUUCCAGGUCUUGUUGAGUUUCCUAUAGCGCUGGAAAAUGGGCUUGCUUACUCUGAAAAAUGCGUUUCCUUACUAUGCAAGUUCUUACCACGCGGGCCUGAACUGGGUUGCGAUCUAACGAAGCAUGGGUUCGCAUCUUUCAAAAAUAAUUAUUUGGUUGCAUCCUUACUUACAUUCUUGCAAGUAGCAGGGAAACUUAAUAUGUUUGUGGUGGAACUGCUUCAUAAGCUGUGCGAAUCAGACCCAAAAAACGAGGUAUGCUACAGAACGGCGCUAGUCGCAGUAAUGAUGAAUAGUGAAGCGCACGAUUCUAUGGCGAUAAAAACCAUCAGUAAUUCAAUGCAAAAGCUGUUCCCUGACGGUUUAUCUAGAUUGGAACAAGACCAAUUAGCGUAUGCUGGCGAUUUUCUGAACUUGCAAGUUGACUUUCUUAUGUCAAAGAACGACUUUCAACUUGCGUUGCCGCUUGUCCAAAAAACGACAGCUAUAUGUUCUGACAAUUUUGAAGCCUGGAGUAAGCUUGCACAGUGCUAUAUCAAGCUACAAGACUACAAAUCUGCUAUGUUCGCCAUCAAUUCUCUCCCACCUCUUUUGUCAUCAGACCCGUGUAAAGAUGCUAUGUGGAAAGAAGCAUCUGAGGAUAGAUAUUACGUCAAACCUCUUUGUUCACGCCCUGGCUCUCGCCUACAAUCGAAUGAAUACAACUUCAUUUCUACAACUCUCAAAGCAAUUAAAGACCAUGAUUUGAGUUCAAUGAUCUACGGCCGGAUUGUAAUGCCCCCGCAAGCGAAUCGAGGGUGUAUCAAGGAAAUUUGGGAUGGACCGUGCAUGUCAUUGGGCCCUAUUUAUGGGCCUCAAAGUAAGAACCUAAUAAACUUCGUGUCAACGCAGGAAGUUGCAUCUUUAGAAGAUUCUGACUUGUUGCAAAGAAACACUAUGGCAAACCAGCUCAGUUGGUCGCUAUCAAUUGCCUACGACCUGCUGAUGAAUAUCGUCUCUGAUAUAGGUUGGAAUUCUUUGUUAGAGCUGCGAUCGAAAAUAUUCGUUAUGGAGCGCGAGCGCACUACUGAUUACACAGGUACGCUACAGCCAGAAUUUAAGACCAAACGUUUGUGCGAGAAGUGGCUUGACCAGCUGUUCCUUAAUCUCUACGAGGACUUGAAAAUAACCUGCAAUGUUGAAGAGCACCGCGAGGAAAUGUACAGUGGCUUAGAAUGGGAGCUUCUGGGACUCGCUCAUCUAAGGACAUGGAACUGGGCGGAUGCAGUUCCAUGCCUUCGGACCAGUAUCAUGGCUCGCUUUGACGUUGUAAGUGCCGAAAAGUUGUUAGAUCUUUACUUGACGCGGCAAUACCCGGUUUCAAACGUGCUAGACCCCGACGUUUUGCUAUCAUUGAUCGUUGAAAAGAUAAGCUACGAGAGCCGCUUCUACAACUACCUACAAUUACCCAAUCUGCAUGUCCUGACCCGCUUAUGCUCACUUUCGGGGGUGGAGAACGUGCGAAAUCACAUAUAUGCCCUUCCCUCGGCACAGAGAGGCAUCGUUGCCCUCAUGGACAAGCUGCUGGACUACAUACAAGAGCUGAACGAUAAGUGA